UGAACUUUAACCUUUGCUUCCCCUUCCGGUACCGUCCUGUUGACUACGGCCUGGAGCUGUCCAAGUGACUCCAGCCGGGCUUGCGGAAGGAGCUGGCAGUUCGGCGGCCCCCAACUGCCAAAGUGCGGGUGGAGAAUGUGCAGCCGGGAACCCCAGUCCCGCGCAUGCGUGAACUACGGACGACGGUGAUUGUUAGUGCUGUUGUUUGGGACCAAGCAGAGGAGAGUGUUUGUGUAUGUGACACGACUCUGCUGUGUGCCUGACUGGUGUCUGUUCCGGCACUUAGGACUGUGACUAGGUUAAGGGCCUAACGUGUGACCCUGGUCUGUAGUGACGUGUGAUGUGAUGCUGUGAGUGAUCGUGUGACAGACUGUAGUGAUUGUGACCGAGGUGGAGUGUGUUUAUUUUUUUCCCCAUUGAACCUGUAGAAGCUUGGUUGUGUUUUGGAUAAAGCGUUAUUUUUUCCAAUUCUGUGGGAAUAAGUAUGUAUAUAUAAAAUUCAUUUCUAUUCUGUGUCCACGAAGACCUAGAUGCCUGUGUUAACCCGAGAGCUGCUCCACUGAAGCGUGAUCUGUGUUGUCUUCUUCUGAGCAUUUCGUCCCUAUUACUUAGCCUAGUACUUAACACAGAGGGGACAUUGCUGAAGUGAUUGCCCAUUGGAGGGCCAAUUUGCAUGGUUUCUUGGAACCAGUUACCCUGAGUCCUUGUUUUUUUCCAUAUCCUGUAGUCAGUUAGAUCCAGCUGCAGAGAAAUGGCCAUCAGAAGGAAAGUCAUGAAUUUUCAACCUUGGAAUGAAAGUUCAAGGUAGAAAAGUACAUGGUAAAUCACAGGAGAAUUGCCAUUGUCUCCCAGACAGGUUCCUAAAGACAUGAGGGGGGAGGGCACAGGUGUAGGAUUCCCUCCUGGGAGAACUGUCCUUGGAUGCAGCUCGAGGCCAUUUACACAUUUCAGAAUGACAGUAUUUCCAGACCUGUGUCCCCUAGAAACUACUGUGAGUUUAGAGUACAGCUCUAAACAUUGGUGAUAACGUAUUUUUAUGAUAAGGGGAAGAGUGAAGUGUUCUCGUUUCCACCUUGUUUCCAUUUGGAUGUGUUUGUUGUGUGUGAUGGAUCUUCUGUGGCAGUUAGGCAGUGGAGGAGUCACAAGUACUUUCUCCUUGGUCAUGAAGUUCUGCAAGAGAAGGCCCCUGAAGUGGAAGAGAGCACUGCUGCUACUCAAGGUUCAUUAAGGAACAAAUCCAUGGAACUCCUCAUGUUGUCAUGUCAGAAGUGGAAUUCCCUGAGCAGUUUUUCGCAGUUCUAACCAUGGAUCAUGAAUUGGUGACAUUCAGGGAUGUGGUCAUCAGCUUCUCUCAGGAGGAGUGGGAAUAUCUGGAUUCUGAUCAGAGGGACUUGUACUGGGAUGUGAUGAUGGAGAACUACAGCAAUUUGGUCUCACUGGAUUUGGAGUCGAGGAAUGAGACAAAGAGUUUAUCUGGAGGAAAGGACGUCAUUAAAAACCAUGAUUGUCGGUGUGAGAUAAUGGAAAGUAGCAAAUUAUUCAGCCUUAAAAGUUCCAUUUUCAGAAAUAACUGGCAAAGCAAAAGCAAAAUUGCAAUAGAAGGACCUCAAGUGAGAUAUUUCAGUCAAAUAAAAAUCAUUUCUGAAGAUGUGCCCAAUUUCAAAAAUGAUGAAGCUCUUAAAUUACCUCAGGUAACUCAUGACAGUGAGAAGCCCUGUGAUUAUAAGGAAUUUGAGAAAGUCUUCAUUUGUGAUUCAAAUGUUGAUGAACAUCAGAGACUACAUGCUAGUGAGAAAACUUAUGAAUGUAAUGAAUGUUGGAAAACCUUUGGGAUAGAUAAUUCCCAUACACUACAACUGAAUAUUCAUACUGGUGUGAAACCUUGUAAAUAUAUAGAAUAUGGGAAUACAUUUACUUUUUAUAAAGACCUUGGUAUACCCCAGAAAAUUCAUGAUGAGAAGUUUUAUAAAUGUAAGGAAUACAGAAGGACCUUUGGAAUAAUUGGAGAUGUUACUCCACUUCAAAGAAAUGGUGGUGAGAAACCCUUUGAAUGCACAUUCUGUGGGAAGUCCUUUAGAGUACAUGCACAACUUACUCGGCAUCAGAAAAUCCAUACUGAUGAGAAAUCUUACAAAUGUAUGGAAUGUGGCAAGGACUUUAGAUUUCAUUCACAGCUCACUGAACAUCUGAGAAUACAUACUGGUGAGAAACCCUACAAAUGUAUACACUGUGAGAAGGUUUUUCGAAUUAAUUCACAGCUCAUUGAACAUCAGAGAAUUCAUACAGGGGAGAAACCUUAUGCAUGUAAGGAAUGUGGGAAGGCUUUUGGAGUCUGUAGAGAACUUGCUCGACAUCAGAGAAUUCACACUGGUAAGAAACCCUAUGAAUGCAAGGCAUGUGGAAAGGUCUUUAGAAAUAGUUCAUCCUUGACUAGACAUCAAAGAAUUCAUACUGGUGAGAAACCUUAUAAAUGCAAAGAAUGUGAGAAAGCAUUUGGAGUAGGCAGUGAACUUACUAGACAUCAGAGAAUUCACAGUGGUCAAAAACCUUAUGAAUGUAAGGAAUGUGGGAAAUUCUUUAGACUAACUUCAGCCCUUAUUCAACAUCAGAGAAUUCAUAGUGGUGAGAAACCCUAUGAAUGUAAGGUAUGUGGAAAGGCCUUUAGACACAGUUCAGCCCUUACUGAACAUCAGAGAAUUCAUACGGGAGAAAAACCUUAUGAAUGCAAGACAUGCGGCAAGGCCUUUAGACAUAGUUCAUCCUUUACAAAACAUCAGAGAACACAUAAUGGUGAGAAACCCUAUGAAUGUAAGGAAUGUAGGAAUGCCUUACAUGUGGGUGGGCACCUUACUUGACAUAAAAAUAUUUAUACUGGUGAGAGAAAAGUUAUUUGAAAGUAGUAAGUGUAUAAAGGGUUUUUGUUUCUUGUUUC